AUGGAGUCGCUAGCUGUGUCGCCAAUCACAGCGCAAGUGAAAUCCGAAGAUACAAAAGAAAUGGCGUCGCCAGCCAUGUCACAAGUUAUCACUCAACUGAAGUCCAAAAAUAAAAUACAGAUGACAUCACUAGUCACAGAACAAAUGAAGUCAGAAUAUACAAUAGAAAUUGCAUCUCUAGCCAUGUUGCCAAAUCAUAUGGCACAAGAGAAGUGCAAAGAUACAACAAAAGUGAUGUCAUCAUUUGCAUUGUCAGUUACAACACUAGAGACGUCGGAUAAUAUAACACAAAUAAUGUGGAUAGCCAUGUCACCACUCAUGGCGCAACUGAAAUGUGGAGAAACAAUUCACACAGCAUACCCAGCUGUGUUGCCACUCACAAGACAAGAGAAAUCUCAAGAUAUGAUACAAAUAUCAUCGCCAGCCAUGUCAACAAUGAUGGGACAAGUGAAAUGCAAAGAAACAACAAAAUUGGAUUUGGCAACUGUGUUGCCAGUUACAAUGCAAGAGAAGUCUCAAGAUAUAUCACAUACGAAUUCACCAGUCAUAGCUGAAGUGAAGUCAGAAGAUAGAACACAAAUAAUGUGGAUAGCCAUGUCACCACUCAUGGCACAACUGAAAUGUGGAGAAACAAUUCACACAGCAUACCCAGCUGUGUUGCCACUCACAAGACAAGAGAAAUCUCAAGAUAUGAUACAAAUAUCAUCGCCAGCCAUGUCAACAAUGAUGGGACAAGUGAAAUGCAAAGAAACAACAAAAUUGGAUUUGGCAACUGUGUUGCCAGUUACAAUGCAAGAGAAGUCUCAAGAUAUAUCACAUACGAAUUCACCAGUCAUAGCUGAAGUGAAGUCAGAAGAUAGAACACAAAUAAUGUGGAUAGCCAUGUCACCACUCAUGGCACAACUGAAACGUGGAGAAACAAUUCACACAGCAUACCCAGCUGUGUUGCCACUCACAAGACAAGAGAAAUCUCAAGAUAUGAUACAAAUAUCAUCGCCAGCCAUGUCAACAAUGAUGGGACAAGUGAAAUGCAAAGAAACAACAAAAUUGGAUUUGGCAACUGUGUUGCCAGUUACAAUGCAAGAGAAGUCUCAAGAUAUAUCACAUACGAAUUCACCAGUCAUAGCUGAAGUGAAGUCAGAAGAUAGAACACAAAUAAUGUGGAUAGCCAUGUCACCACUCAUGGCACAACUGAAAUGUGGAGAAACAAUUCACACAGCAUACCCAGCUGUGUUGCCACUCACAAGACAAGAGAAAUCUCAAGAUAUGAUACAAAUAUCAUCGCCAGCCAUGUCAACAAUGAUGGGACAAGUGAAAUGCAAAGAAACAACAAAAUUGGAUUUGGCAACUGUGUUGCCAGUUACAAUGCAAGAGAAGUCUCAAGAUACAUCACAUACGAAUUCACCAGUCAUAGCUGAAGUGAAGUCAGAAGAUAGAACACAAAUAAUGUGGAUAGCCAUGUCACCACUCAUGGCACAACUGAAAUGUGGAGAAACAAUUCACACAGCAUACCCAGCUGUGUUGCCACUCACAAGACAAGAGAAAUCUCAAGAUAUGAUACAAAUAUCAUCGCCAGCCAUGUCAACAAUGAUGGGACAAGUGAAAUGCAAAGAAACAACAAAAUUGGAUUUGGCAACUGUGUUGCCAGUUACAAUGCAAGAGAAGUCUCAAGAUAUAUCACAUACGAAUUCACCAGUCAUAGCUGAAGUGAAGUCAGAAGAUAGAACACAAAUAAUGUGGAUAGCCAUGUCACCACUCAUGGCACAACUGAAAUGUGGAGAAACAAUUCACACAGCAUACCCAGCUGUGUUGCCACUCACAAGACAAGAGAAAUCUCAAGAUAUGAUACAAAUAUCAUCGCCAGCCAUGUCAACAAUGAUGGGACAAGUGAAAUGCAAAGAAACAACAAAAUUGGAUUUGGCAACUGUGUUGCCAGUUACAAUGCAAGAGAAGUCUCAAGAUAUAUCACAUACGAAUUCACCAGUCAUAGCUGAAGUGAAGUCAGAAGAUAGAACACAAAUAAUGUGGAUAGCCAUGUCACCACUCAUGGCACAACUGAAAUGUGGAGAAACAAUUCACACAGCAUACCCAGCUGUGUUGCCACUCACAAGACAAGAGAAAUCUCAAGAUAUGAUACAAAUAUCAUCGCCAGCCAUGGCGCCACAAGUGAAGUCCAAAGAUACAUAUCAAAUAUCGAAGCCAGACAUGCCAUCACUCACAUCACGAAGACAAUCAGCAGAUAUGACGCAUAUGGAGUCACCAGCUGCGCUGCCAGGCAUGUCUGCAUCUGCCAGGCGAAUGGCGUCAGCACCGAAAAUGCAAGUGGCAUCCCAAGAGACAUCUUCAGCCGCAACACGAGUGGCGUCUAUGAGCAGUGUUACAUGCUGCUAUAUGAGUGAGAAUGCAAACCCUAAUGUCACUUACAACUUGAAACACAAGUCCAACCCCGUCAUGAGCCACAAUACAAGAUGCACCUCCAAACCCAUCAGCGGCUUCAUUACAAGAGGCAUCUUCCAACCAUUUGCAAGCUACAAUGCAAGAGGCGUCUCCCAACCUUUUUCCCAUUACAAAGCAAGAGGCAUCUCCCAGCCCAUCGCCAGCUGGAAUAGAAAAGGCAUAUUCCAACCAAUGUCCAGCUACGUUGGAAGAGACAUCUCCCAACCUAUUUCCAGUUACAGGGGAAGAGGCAUCUACCAACCCAUCGCCAGCUGGAAUAGAAAAGGCAUCUUCCAACCGAUAGCCAGCUACAUUGCAAGAAACAUCUCCCAACCUGCUUCCACUUACAGUAGAAGAGGCAUGUCCAAUCCCAUCGAGAGCUACAAUAGAAGAGGUAUCUCUCAACCGAUCGCCUGCUACAAUGCAAGAGGCAUCUCCCAACCUAUUUACAGUUACAUUAGAAGAGGCAUCCCCCAACCCAACGCCAGCUUCAAGAGAAGAGGCAUCUUCCAACCGAACGCCAGCUUGAAUGGAAGAGGCAUCUCCGAAUCUACUUCCAGCUACAAUAGAAGAGUCAUCUCCCAAUCCGUUGCCAGCUAUAAUACAAGAUGCAUAUCCCAUACAACCACCAACUACAAUAGUAGAGGCAUAUCCCAACCCUUCGCCAGCUACAGCGAGAAUCGUAACAUCGGCCACAUCACUAGCCUCUAUUCCAAAUACAACAUGAGUCAUGUUGCCUAUCCAAUCGCAGUUUACAACACAACUCGUGUCAACAGUGCCACUGCCAGCUACAACAGCAGUCAUGUUUCCAGCGUUUUUUCUAAAUUUCGGUGA